CUCUGUAAAGGUCUGCGCUGUCUUUCUGUCGUCGUCUCUGCUGCUAGGAGAUCAAAUUCAGGAGACGAGAACAAAAACACAAAGGAAGAAAAAGGAAGUUGGCUGUGUAGUCCACUUAAUGUAAAAAAAAACCCAAGCUGAAGUAGCACUGGGCCAAAGAGUAGCAGAAAUGGAUGAAUGGGAAGUUCCUGUUUCUUCAGGAUCCACAGGAGUCAAAGGGAACACCUCAACACAAACAGUUAACACAUCUUGUGAGAAUCUGGAGUGCUACAUGGUCCUCAUCCAGGCGGAGAAAACAGCCAUUGGCUCCAUCUGUUUCCUGGCGGGUCCCAUCACCCUGCUGGAGAACGUACUGGUGUUGGUAGUGAUCGCGGCCACAGCCUCUCUUCGACAGCGCCCUUCAUUUCUCUUCAUCGGCAGCCUUGCUUUGGCCGACGUCUUCGCCAGUUGCUUCUUCACCACCAGUUUUCUAGACUUCCACCUCUUCCGCCAUAGCGACGGCCCCACAGCCUACCUCUUUAAACUAGGUGGAGUCACCAUGGCCUUCAGCAGCUCUGUGGGGAGUCUCCUGCUGACUGCUCUGGACCGCUACCUCUGCAUCCACCAGGCCUCCAGCUAUAAGGUGCUGGUGACCCGCCGGCGAGCUGUGCUGAGCCUGCUGAUCCUUUGGAGCGCCACUAUCUUUAUAUCAUUCCUGCCUCUGAUGGGAUGGAGGUGUCCCACAGGGCUUAACCCACCCUGCUCACGCCUCUUCCCAUAUAUCAACCAGGGUUAUCUGGCCUGCUGGACCACCUUCAUCCUUGUGCUCUUCGCUCUCAUACUGGGUGCUUAUGCUCUCAUCCUGUGGACUGCUCACCGCCAUGAGUCCUCCAUGACCAACAUCCAGGGAGCAGCAGGGUCCGGCCACGCCCGUAUGAGGAUGGAUAUCCGGCUAGCGCGCACCUUUGGUCUAAUUCUCCUCAUACUGGUUGGCUGUUGGCUUCCUGCGCUCUCCUUUAUGCUGGCUGAUGUCUCUGUGCUCCUCACCCACACCCAACAGCGGGCUUUUGCCUUCUGCAGCACCCUCUGCCUGGUCAACUCUGCAGUCAACCCUCUGUUGUAUGCACUGCGCUGCAGAGAGCUCAGAGUUGCUCUGCUGCAGUUGCUACAGCGGAUCUAUGAGAUCGGGAGGUGUAAAAAGUCCACAGAGAACUUGACUCCAAGAUUACCCACUGAAGAAGACAACAACUGUACCACCUGCUCUGAGAAGACACCCAAGAACAGGAAUACCCGAAUCUGCUCCAUCUCAGAUAUGGUGAACAGUCAGCACUUGGACAUAAGAAAAUGAGUUCCUGUAAAGAUAAAGAGGUUUAUUAGGCAUGAAGACAUCACUCUGAACUUCAAUUAUGGUCUAUAAAGCACUCAUGUACAUCAAAAUCUAAAUACUGGCAAACACUUUAGCUCGCCUUUUUGGUACUUGUAAAUGUUUUAGAGGCUACUGUCAUAACAACUGUCAAACCUAAUUGCAUAACUAGCAUACCAGGAUAUUAGAAAGUCUUUAGAAUGUGAGUAAGUUCUGCAUUUGCUAUUUCAAAAUGCAACAAAAAAGAUGUGAAGAGUAAACAUUUAAUCUAGCAUGUAGCAAAGGUACAUUUACUCAGAAACAUGUCACAGGCGCAAGCGUAUUGUUGUAGCAUUACAUGCAUAAUGUCCGCUGUGAACAGGAGAAAUGAUUUCUGGUAGUGUUUGGGCAUAAAAGGCAAAGAUACACAGUUAAAGGUGUAUAUGAGCUUAAGGCACAAGGAGAACAGGCAGUCUGACAUUACAUCAUGUGCUAGCCCUGUAGCCACAUAUUUUCUGAUGUCACCACAGCAUAGAAGAUUACCUCGCCAACAACACAACUGGUCACUGGAAAUAAUUUCCAAUCCAAUUUUGGGGCAGGAGAAGGCUUCUGGAAGCUUGAGCCUUUUGUGAGCAGGAGUACAAGCAACCAUCACAGCAAACUACAGCUAUCAGAGUAGAAAAGAUGUGUAAAAAGUAGGCUUUGUCCAAAAUGUUUUUAUGGUAGAAGAAGAAAGUUUACUUUGCAUGUUAUUUGCAACUUUUUUGUUGAUAAGGAAUUUUUAUAGGAAUAUAAAAAAUAUAUAUAUAAAUGGCUGUAUAAAUGAAUGAAAAUCUCCAGUAGUAUUAUUCCAAUACCUGCACACAUAUUGAAACCAUUUCCAGUCUUUGUAUCGAUGGUUAUGCUGGCAUCAAUGAGAGGGGUCUGGCUGCAGACCACUGCUCUCUGACACCCACUCCUGCAGACCCCCACUGUGAGACACCACCUCUGUCAGGACAGAAGUCAUUUGCUGGUACACAGAAUUUGCCAAAGUAGUUGUGUAAACAUUGGCUAGCUUUAGUGUGAGUGUGUUUUAAUGGAAAACAUGCUUUUUUACUCUAAGUACAGUGUUUAGUUGACUAUAUUUAAUGAUUUAUAACUUGUUUUUGCAGGUCAGGUUAGUUAUUUUUGGUUCAAAAGGUUAAGAUUUGUAAUAAAUAUGAUGUUCUACUAUCAUCCAGGCCAUUCCUAUAACCCACUCUACCAUAACGCUAACCCGUACCCUAGCUGGAAGUGUAAUCCAGUUUUAUUUUGAAAGUUUCUGAGUGCAUUCCAUCCUGACAGUGGAAGGCCAGAAGCAAGUGUCUGAGUAAGAGUCUGCAGUAAGACUGGGCAAUGAACAGAAAUUUAGUUUUAUCACAAUAUGACCUACUGCAAAUUUCAAAAAGAUGCAGGUGCAACAUUUCUUUAACUUGAAAUGCGUGUCAAAAUACCAGUUUCAUACAUUUUUACAGCAGAGAUGUUUAUGCAUCAUGCACACAUUCAAGUGUAAUGUUUUUCUACAAUAUUUUGGAAGAUUUUUUUUUUCAGAAUUGUCCAGCCCAAGUUUAAUCUACCUAAUAUUGUAUUGGUUAAUAAUAUAUAAUACAGAAUCAUUUGUUGCUUGUGUUUUUUCAUACAUGAGAUGAGGAUAUUAAGUUGUAAUCACAAUUUAGGAAAAAAAAUGCAGUAUGCAUUAGAUAAUUCACCCAAAUGGUUCAGCCUCAGUCUGAAGUCAGACUGUCAGGUAACAAUUUUAAGUGUAUAGUGUUGAAUAUUUAGCAGAAAAACUUAAUAACAGAAGAACAAAAUAAUUAUAAGUUCGCUCAAAUCAGUCUUUAGUCAUCUAAAUAAAAUAUGUUUCAUGUUUAGAAUAAACAUACUUUGCUUUCUUGCAUGCUGUGUAUAUAUAGUUUUUUUUUUUAAACCACACUGGUUUCCACAAUUACCACCAGAAGUCAACAUUGCGAUCUAAAUCUGACUGUUAGAUGUUGCUUAUGUUUACAAUUUUACAUACUGUACUUUUAAUACACCAGGACCUUCACAAUACCAGAAUUUUCAACUUUGAUAUAAUACUAGUAAAAAUUAAAUGAUAUCAGAUAUACCUAUUUAGAUAACAUGACAAAAAUAGAAAUCCUUGGAACC